AUGAACAACUUCCAAUUCACCGUUGACGGCCAGAUUGUCGAUCUCGACAACUUUGUCCCCGAAGAGCGCCAUCUUUCGCCCAACGACCCUGCCUACGCACUCAUGGAUCUCUACCUUGGGGCCAAAGAAUCCCAAGGGUCCAGCCAACCAUCGCACGCAGGCAGCCACCGUAGUGGAUACGAGACCUCCGGCUCAAAGGCCAGCAAGCACAGCAGCUGCGGAGGAUACGAGACCGGGGGAUCCGCAACCAGCGGAUACCCCAGCUCCCGCACUCCCACUGCUGCCUCCAACCGUACUUCUGGAGUCGCUGGCUAUCUCGAGGCACCGCCGUCGCAGGCGUCCCACCAUAGCAGCAGAUCGUAUGGUAGUGAGCAUAGUACUAUCAGAGGAGAGCCUUCAGUCCAUUCUCAUGUGUCUUCUAGCAGACACACCGAGAUGGGAUCGCCUUCGAUCCACUCCCGUGCGUCUUCUAGACACACUGAGAUGGGCGCCCCUUCAGUUCACUCCAAUGCAUCUUCUAGACACACUGAUAUGGGCUCUAGGACUCCCACUGUGGCGUCCAACCGCACCUCCGGGGUGGCUGGAUAUCUUGAGGCGCCGCCAUCACAUGCAUCCCACCAUAGCAGCAGGUCUUAUGGCAGCGAGCACAGCACCAUCAGGGGAGAGCCUUCGGUUCACAGCUCCCAUGUGUCUUCCAGACACACUGAUAUGGGCGCUCCUUCAGUUCGCUCCCACGCAUCUUCUAGACACACCGAGAUGGCCUCUCCUUCAACCCACUCCCGCCACACCGAAGCCCACGCACCUUCCCACAUCUCGCACGCCGCAUCCCGCCGCACUGAGGUCUACUCGCCCUCCCACGUUAGCAGAUCCAACACCCACCACAGCAGCAGCUCUCGUGUUAGCGCUGCGCCGAGCAUCAAGAGGUCGAGCACCGGUACACUCUCCGGGUACGACACUGUGGGGCCUGAGGAUAGCCUUUCGUCUGUGGGGUCCAAGGCGUCGGAGAAGUCCAGGGCGAGCCGCCGUUAA